CACCAGGUUAUCUAAUCCAAGACAACUUGACCAAUCAUACAGACUCUGUUUCAGCUAGUGUGAUAAUACAACGUACAAUGGGGAAGGAAGCCGGAGUGCCCAGAGAAAACCUCCGACGAUUAGCCCUGUAAACAGGUAUCAAUUACAGGAUAUGCUGCAUAUCGCCAUGUUCGACAAGAUGGCGUGUACGUAGAAUAUACAACAGAACAGUGUGUACCUUCAGGCUAACCGUUUGCAGGGAGCACCAAUAGCGCUGCCAUAGCUACGAUAUCACUUUCGUCACUUCUGAAUACCUGUUACAGGACCAAGCACGUGAGAAUGGCAAGGAAAACGACCUUAUUUAUAUUGGUGUGCACUGUCGCAUUCUUCAUUUCCUGGUUUCUGUAUAUGCACAAGCACGUCAUCCCAAAGGUAUCUGCACCUCCUUCUCUUCCCACCAACAUUAGGAACAUGAAAGACGCUGAAUUGGAGGAACUGUACUACACCUACGUGGUAAACGUAGACGUGAAAUGCACCAACAGGAUUCGUCUGGGUAAGCCUGACGACGGCGGUUGGGAUGUCUGUGACGACAUAGAGCACCGUCCCCAAUCACCAUGUUUGGUGUAUUCGUUUGGGAUAAACAACGACUUCAGUUUUGACGAUGCGGUCAGCGCUAAAUACGGGUGCGAGGUUCACUCUUUCGACCCGAGCAUGGGACAAAAUGAUCACAAGCACUCAGACCGGGUGUUUUUCCAUAAACUUGGGAUAAGCGACAAAGACUUCGUCAACGACAAAGCCUGGACAAUGAGAACCCUGACGUCUAUCAAGAAGCAGCUAAACCACACUAAGAUCAAUAUCCUCAAAAUGGACAUCGAGGAAGACGAGUAUAAGGCCCUGCCGAACAUCAUUGCGUCAGACGAGCUGAAGGAUGUCGAUCAGCUGCUCUUUGAAAUCCACUACAAUUCUCACAAUGACCAGGCGACGAUCAUAGACUUCAUGGUGCGAGGUCUGGAACUGCUCCGUGACCUGCGGAACCUUGGCUUCUAUGUUUUUCACUCUCACCCGAACGAACAUAAUUAUAUUACGAGUAAGAUAUCUGGAAGUCGACGUACGACCUGUCACGAACUGUACAUGCUGAAUGUUAACCGAAACAGAAAGUAGUGUCAGGAAAGUAUUUGGUAUAUACUGUUCGGGAAAGAAGGCAGGAACGUGCAUAGAAGCAUUUUUUUGUGUGCAGUAAUGCGUACAGGCACAAAACAUGUACAUAGCUUUGCACAUACACAUGAUAAUGGGACGAUCGCACUUCUAACAACCAAAACUUUUAUUGCUUUUACUGUAGUCGAGUUUGUCAACGUCUGUUUUCCUCAGGACUACACUUAAUUUUAUCAGUUAAAAACUUCUUGAUUGCUUUUACUUUUUACCAUGUUGAAUGUUAACCGAAACAGAAAGUAGUGUCAGGAAAGUAUUUGGUAAAUACUCUUCGGAAAAGAAGGCAGGAAAGCGUACAGGCAUCAAAUAAUUGAUGGGAAGCAUUUGUAUUUGUGUGCAGUAAUGCGUACAGGCACAGAACAUGUACAUAGCAUUGCACGUAUACAUGAUAAUGGGACGAUCGCACUUCUAACAACCGAAACCACUAUUGCUUUUACUGUAGUCGAGUUUGUCAACGUCUGUUUUCCUCAGGACUACACUUGAUUUUAGCAGUUAAAGACUUUUUUAUUGCUUUUGAUUUUCAUCUAAUAAAGUUGUUUAAUAUGAAAUAUCA